GUUAGCAUGCUGACUGUAGCUGUUUGUCCUUUCCAGGCUCAACGAAGGUCACACGGUGUACCUGGAGAGGAUGAUCGGCAGGUGUAUGGACAGUGAACAGUUCAGACAGUUUAAAGCCAUGGGGGGCUGGAAGGACCUGCAGGACUCGGUGAACACUUUUGGAGCCAACAACCCUCUGACCAACCUGGUUCCCAGCCUGCAGGACGUCAACCCCGACGACGCCUUCUCCUCUGUGCCCUACGAGAAAGGCUUUGCUCUGCUGUACCACCUGGAGGAGCUGAUGGGAGGGCCAGAAGUGUUCAUGGGAUUCGUGAAGUCGUACAUCCAGCUGUUUGCCUACAGCAGCGUCACCACGGAGGAGUGGAAGAACUACCUGUACACCUACUUCAAAGACAAGGUGGACAUCCUGAACAAGGUGGACUGGAACGCGUGGAUGUUCACUCCUGGGAUGCCUCCAGUCAAACCUCAGUACGACACCACGCUGGCCGACGCCUGCAUCGCUCUGAGCCAGAAGUGGAUCAAGGCCAAAGACCAGGAUCUGAGCAGCUUUAAGGAGUCGGAUUUGAAGACGCUGUCAUCCCACCAGCUCAUCGAGUUCCUGUCCCUCCUGCUUCAGGAGGAUCCUCUUCCUCUGACUCACGUGAAGAAGAUGCAGGAGGUUUACGAUCUCAACACCUGCAUGAACUCUGAGAUCCGCUUCAGGUGGCUAAGGUUGUGUGUUCGAUCCAAAUGGGAGGAAGCUGUUCCCAUGGCAAUGAAGAUGGCGACAGAGCAGGGCAGGAUGAAGUUCACAAGACCGCUCUUCAGGGAGGUCUUUAACUUCGAGAAGUAUCGUGAUGAAGCCAUUCAAGUGUUUCUGGCCAACAGAGCAGCGAUGCACCCGGUCACCUCCGGACUGGUCGCCAAAGACCUGAAGGUGGACGCCACCAACACCACCAGUCUGUAACACCAGAAACCAGUGUGUAAAAAGAAACCAGUAUUAAAGCAGCUGACAGGAAGUUUGAUUUGUGUAGAUUUUGGCGUUCCUGUGGCUCCACCCCCUGGAUGCAACUUAUUUCUGAUUUCCAAGUGAUGAUGUCAUCAUCAGAACUUUGUGUCAGGAUGUUUCAGAACCAGCUUUAAACUCGACAGUAUAAAUCACCUGUUCAUCAGGACUUUGUUUGGUUCAGUUUUUCCUCUCGACACUUUUCUUUCUGUAAAUGAAGAAGAAAUAAAAUGUGUCUGAAUUAAA